AUGGCAACAGCGGAGGAACUUGGCCCAGGUGGUGUGAACCGCGUUGGUAAACCCAUUUUCAUCGCCACUGAUCACACACGGUACGCUCCAACUACAGAUCGUGAAUUGUCGGAUCAGGAACAACUCGCAUGGAAGUCAUUUCAACUCUGGCGGACGACACUCUCCAUGGAGCGCCGAGAUAACGUGUAUAAGUCUCUCACAAACUCAGACUAUACAAACUUUCGCUUAGCGAAUCAUAUAUUGGGUACUCCUUAUCCUGUAGUAGAUACGUCUCCUAAUUUCUUUGAUGUUUUAAAAGGAAUUCGAUGGUAUGAACAUGUUAUUUCUGCAUCUGUGGCAUUUGCAUAUAGUUAUUGGAUCCGAUCGAAAGCAUCAUUACGUCAUGCACACAUGAUGCCAAUGUCUCGCUCAUCUAUUACAAUGUUAACAUUUUUUUGUAUGGAUUUGUGUUUCGGUUAUCGCAGUAUGUAUAGACUAACGGGUUAUCUACCAAAUGACUAUGAAUGCCGUAAGUAUGGUGUUAUGGAAGAUAAGGAACGUUUAGAGGAAAAAAAACGAAUGUGGGAAAAGUAUGCAAAAUAUAAGAAAGAAUGGUGUCGCCGGUUUGAUUAUCAUGUAUAUGGUAUUCGUCCUGGUGAGAAUUGGAGUUUCUUUUCAGCUUGCUUGUUACCAUCGUGGGAACCACGCUUUAACACCUGCACAGAUUAUCCAAUGAGGAAGAACCCGUACUUUCUCACUACUACACCACUACGGGAUAUGUUUGCGGAGUCACAGUUUACGUAUGAGAUACCAAAUGAUGAGAAUGUACCACUUGUAAAGGAGCGUCCAGAGUUCAAAUAUCUCUAUCGUGGACCGGAACGCUAA